ACCCAGCUCUGGUCUACUCGCUAGGAAGGCGGCGUCGGCAGCGGCUGCUCACGUUGUGCCCAAUCCCGCGCGCGCUGCGCUCCCGCCGCGGGUGGGCUCCUCAGCCUUUGGCUGGAGGUGGCCCCAGCCUUGCGGCGGCAUCUGUAUCCCACCUUCCCACUGCGGGGAGGUCCCGGCACGUGCAAUCCUUCUUUGGGGUGUUCUGGUUCGCACGCGCGGACCUAAACAGAGGGUACCCAACUUUGCCAUCUCACCGGUUGCCCUCUCUCGGCGCGAGCCUGUUCACUCAGCUGCACAACUGGAGACUCCAGCAGGCGAGCUGGUCCCCAGCCUGGCGCGCUGCGAGUGGAGGAUAGCUCUGGAGAAGUGGCCGGGUGUAGUGGUUGUUGCUGCCUCGACUUUCCUCCUGGCGCACUGAAGAGGACCCUGGGAGCAGCUCCGGGCCCCGGGGCGCUGGAUGACUAGUAGGAGGAACGCGCCCCGCAUCUGGGCUGGUGUGUGACAACUGGGCUUGGGUACCCAUGUGGCUGUGCAGUUCAUUGUGAUUCAUGACGGAGGCCACACGUCUGUCUCUGCCCUCUCUCUCUCCUGGGUACUUUUCACACAUGAGGAGAAGGUGAGCUUCGUAGAAGACACGUUCCCAGAGUCGGAGACCCCUUGCCCACCAUGAAGGGAGCCUGCAUCCUUGCAUGGCUGUUCUCAAGCCUGGGAGUGUGGAGACUUGCUCGGCCUGAGACCCAGGACCCUGCCAAGUGCCAGAGAGCUGAGCACCCCGUCGUCUCCUACAAAGAAAUUGGCCCCUGGUUACGGGAAUUCAGAGCCGAGAAUGCUGUGGAUUUCUCGAGGUUAACAUUUGACCCAGGACAGAAAGAACUUGUCGUAGGAGCAAGAAACUAUCUCUUCAGACUACAGCUCGAGGAUCUGUCUCUCAUCCAGGCUGUGCAGUGGGAGUGUGAUGAAGCCACGAAGAAGGCCUGUUACAGCAAGGGCAAAUCGAAGGAGGAAUGUCAGAACUACAUACGAGUGCUCUUAGUGGGCGGGGACCGGCUCUUCACCUGUGGGACCAAUGCCUUCACACCCGUCUGUACCAUCCGCUCCUUAAGUAACCUGACUGAGAUCCAUGAUCAGAUCAGUGGCAUGGCUCGAUGUCCCUAUAGUCCCCAGCACAAUUCUACAGCUCUACUCACUGCCAGUGGCGAGCUCUAUGCUGCAACAGCCAUGGAUUUCCCAGGGCGCGAUCCAGCCAUUUAUCGAAGUCUGGGCACUUUACCUCCUCUUCGAACUGCACAGUACAACUCCAAAUGGCUCAAUGAACCAAACUUUGUGUCUUCCUACGACAUCGGGAACUUCACCUACUUCUUCUUCCGAGAAAAUGCCGUGGAACACGACUGUGGGAAGACUGUGUUCUCCAGGGCAGCCAGGGUCUGCAAGAAUGACAUUGGAGGACGAUUUCUUCUGGAGGAUACCUGGACUACCUUCAUGAAGGCUCGCCUCAACUGCUCUCGGCCUGGUGAGGUGCCGUUCUACUACAACGAGCUUCAAAGCACCUUCUUCCUGCCGGAGCUGGAUCUGAUCUACGGCAUCUUCACCACCAAUGUAAACAGCAUUGCUGCCUCUGCUGUCUGUGUCUUCAACCUGAGCGCCAUCUCACAGGCCUUCAAUGGACCCUUCAAGUACCAAGAGAACUCUCGCUCAGCCUGGCUGCCUUAUCCCAACCCCAACCCCAAUUUUCAGUGCGGCACCAUGGACCAGGGCCUGUAUGUAAACCUGACGGAAAGAAACCUACAGGAUGCUCAGAAGUUCAUCCUGAUGCAUGAAGUGGUGCAGCCAGUGACCACAGUGCCUUCCUUCAUGGAAGACAACAGCCGUUUCUCCCAUGUGGCUGUCGAUGUUGUGCAAGGCAGGGACACCCUUGUCCAUAUCAUCUAUCUGGCCACAGAUUAUGGCACCAUUAAAAAAGUGCGGGCUCCGCUGAGUCAGAGCUCGGGCAGCUGUUUGCUAGAAGAGAUUGAGCUUUUUCCAGAGAGGAAGAGUGAGCCCAUCAGGAGCCUAAAGAUCCUCCACAGCCAGAGUGUCCUAUUUGUGGGGCUACAGGAGCAUGUGGUCAAGAUCCCCCUGAAGAGAUGCCAUUUUCAUCAAACACGUGGUGCCUGCAUUGGUGCUCAGGACCCUUACUGUGGCUGGGAUGCGGUGAUGAAGAAGUGCACCAGCCUGGAGGAGAGCCUGAGCAUGACCCAGUGGGAUCAGAGCGUCCCCACCUGUCCGACCAGAAAUCUCACCGUAGAUGGGAGCUUUGGCCCGUGGUCUCCAUGGACACCCUGUACUCACACUGAUGGCACUGCUGUGGGAUCCUGCCUCUGCCGGUCCCGAUCCUGUGACAGCCCAGCUCCACAGUGUGGCGGCUGGCAGUGUGAGGGCCCUAGAAUGGAGAUCACCAACUGUUCCAGGAAUGGAGGCUGGACUCCCUGGACCUCCUGGUCUCCCUGCAGCACCACUUGUGGCAUUGGCUUCCAGGUGCGGCAGCGCUCCUGCAGCAACCCUACGCCCAGGCAUGGAGGGCGUGUGUGCGUGGGCCAGAACAGGGAGGAAAGAUACUGCAAUGAACAUUUACUCUGCCCACCACACGUGUUCUGGACAGGCUGGGGACCUUGGGAACGCUGCACAGCCCAGUGCGGGGGUGGCAUUCAAGCUCGCCGUAGGACCUGUGAAAAUGGGCCUGACUGUGCAGGAUGCAAUGUGGAAUACCAGCCUUGUAACACCAAUGCAUGCCCAGAGUUGAAGAAGACCACACCAUGGACCCCCUGGACACCUGUCAACAUCUCUGACAAUGGGGGCCACUAUGAGCAGCGGUUCCGCUACACCUGUAAAGCUCGCCUGCCAGAUCCAAACUUAUUGGAAGUAGGAAGACAAAGGAUAGAAAUGCGGUACUGUUCUAGUGAUGGGACCAGUGGCUGCUCCACAGAUGGACUUUCUGGAGACUUUCUAAGAGCUGGGAGAUACUCUGCCCAUACAGUCAAUGGGGCAUGGUCAGCCUGGACUUCCUGGUCACAGUGCAGCAGAGACUGCAGCAGGGGCAUUCGAAACAGGAAGCGUGUUUGCAACAACCCAGAGCCCAAGUAUGGAGGUAUGCCAUGCCUUGGUCCAUCACUGGAGUUCCAGGAAUGCAACAUUUUACCCUGUCCAGUGGAUGGUGUGUGGUCUUGCUGGUCAUCCUGGUCUAAAUGCUCAGCAACUUGUGGGGGUGGACACUACAUGAGAACCCGUUCGUGUACGAAUCCAGCCCCAGCAUACGGAGGGGACAUCUGCCUGGGACUGCACACGGAAGAGGCCCUCUGUAACACACAGACCUGCCCAGAGAACUGGUCAGAGUGGUCAGAGUGGUCUGUGUGUGAUGCAUCUGGUACCCAGGUCCGUACUCGGCAGUGCAUCCUUCUGUUUCCUGUGGGCAGCCAGUGUUCUGGAAAUACUACAGAGAGCCGGCCUUGUGUAUUUGACUCUAAUUUCAUCCCAGAAGUGUCUGUGGCAAGAUCCAGCAGCGUAGAAGAGAAAAGGUGUGGAGAGUUCAACAUGUUCCACAUGAUGGCUGUGGGACUUAGCAGUUCCAUCCUCGGCUGCCUCCUUACACUGCUUGUCUACACCUACUGCCAGCGGUACCAGCAGCAGUCCCAUGAUGCAACUGUCAUCCAUCCUGUUUCUCCCGCCGCCCUCAACAGCAGCAUAACUAACCACAUCAACAAACUGGAUAAAUACGAUUCCGUGGAGGCCAUCAAGGCAUUUAACAAAAACAACUUGAUCCUAGAGGAGAGAAACAAAUACUUCAACCCACAUCUCACUGGGAAGACCUACUCCAACGCCUACUUUACAGAUCUCAACAAUUAUGAUGAAUACUAGCAGCUCUUACACUUCUGGCUCCUUGUAAACUCUCUGUUCCUCAAAGCUGUACUCCAUGACUGCCCAUAUUUCUGAGACUUCAGAGAUGAUGUGUGGAUCCAUUUCAAGUGCAUUUCAAACCAGGACUUUCCCAUCACUACCAAAAAAAGCGCACACCCUUAUACCUAAAUGUGGUGUUGUGAAAAUCUGGUCUGUAGAAAACAUUUGGUGUUGCGAAGUGAGCCAUGAUAUGACAUUUUGUGUUAUGCUCAUCCCAAACUCUAACUGGUCUACUGUUUUCAUGAGUGUCAUUUCAUAAAUGUGCCAACCAUGUUAGAAAGUGUGUUCAGAAGCAUAGCGUUGUCAUGCUUUUAAGUGCAGAGGGUCAGGAUGUUUUAACUUGGAAACAAACAAACAAACAAUUAUAACCAGGCACUUUAAUCUGAGAGAUGUCUUCCCCACACACACAGGGUCCAGAGUAAUUCACAGAAUGAAGGUGUGGCUACUGCCAACUCCCUCAACCUGGGUGACUCUAUAGGUUCUUGGAAACAGCUUUGUUGCACUUGGAGUGAUUCCUGCCCAGGGAUUCCAUCUGCCCUGGACCUGCCAAGUCAUGGUCUACUGAAACCCUCUGCUUUGGUCUGGAGCAGUGAUUGUCAUCCCUGUUUGGUGAACACAUGAAACAGAGAACAGCCAAUGAGACACACAGCAGUAUUCUGCAGCUUGCAGUGAAACUAAUCUUACUCUAACUUUUGGAUUCUGUGUCAUCCAAGGAAGUUCCUUGUCAUGAUGGGGGCCUGAAGGCCACCUUCCUGGGUGCUGAAGAGCCAGUCUGAGCAUUUGCAUAGACUCCACACCCCUUCCUCCCUCCCUCCAUGAGGAGAAAAUUCUUGAUUUAUGAUGGAAAAUAUUGAAAUACCAAACUGUAAUUGAAAGCUACUUUUUAAUUUUUUUGUAUUAUGCAGUGUUGAAUUAACUGAUGUAAUUGAAAGCUACUUUUUUAUUUUUUAUUUUUUUGUGUUAUGCUGUGUUGAAUGAACUGAUGUUAAUGGCUUUUUUGUUUUUUGUUUUUUGUUUUGUAUUCAGCAUCUUUGAUGUGACUAAUGUGUAGCAAUGGCCCCUAUCAAAAGCAUUAAAGGUGUGUAAAGCUGUCCCUCUGGAGCUCAGUGCAAUCCCACUGAAGCAACACUCCAGUACCAUGGUCUCCUCAUUUGUCCCCUGCUGCCCCAACACCAGAGGAGGGAAUGGCUCUGGUGUCUGUUACUAAGUUGCUGCCUCCCUGUCCUCCAGCUUACUGAGUCCCACUUCUGCUCCAAGACAGUAGCAGUCAAGAUGUACCAUAAGCAGUAACGGAUGAGAAGGUCAGGAUUUUAGUGGCCUCUCUCUCUCAUCCCAAUGGUUGACUGUUCUAAGGCUACUCUUAAGAUCCUCAGACAAGUAAAGAAGAGUGGUUAGCAUCUGAAACAUGGUGUAGAGGUACCGAUCUAAUGCAUUUUAAAGGUGAAGACAAAUGGUUUGUCUGGGCCACUGGUCACUAUGAUAAAGGCCUGAGUAGGCAGUCAUAUAUGUUAAGGGCAUAUAAACUUUCAGGUUCUAUGCAAAUGUAUAGCAUGAGGAGUGAAGAUUACAGGGUUUUUAUGAGUAUAUGUUUUCCCCCAUGGAAUAUAAAGAAGCAACCUCAGAAGACAUUCCAAAAAAUCUUAUGAUUAAUCACAAAUUAUUCUCAUAUAAACACAUUUUUCAGACAUAACUCUGUGUUAAAAUUGAAAUUAAAACAGCAGAUGGGCUCUGGGAGAUGUGUCAGAUUGUGAGGAAAUGGCAUAUGGGAAUAUUGCGAUGGGACAUUGUGUGGCAUUUCACACACUUCUUCUACAGUGUAUGUGGCCUCCAUUACACACACAUUUUUAAAAUCCACACUCAGCAGACAGAACGUGUCAGAUGAUUUAUUCAUUGUCUCUAGGGUGGAAUUUUAGUGGAUGCUUCAACUCAUCUCAUUGCUUUCUUUUAAGAAAAGAAUAAAUCCUCCUGGUAUAGCACUAUUCUAGUGUUUUAAAAAGAAUCUCCCCUUCUUGAAUAUUUCUAGUUUAAAAGGUCACUUUCUUUCCCCUGGGAAGAAGAGUACAAAUAUUUCAAGAAUUUAUGGCUAAACUUGAUAGGAAAUGCUUUCUAAAUGACCUCUAAUCUGGCCUUCAUCAGUUUGAUAUAGUAACCCCACCCCAGAGUUCUCAUUUUCAAAGACAGUUUUCUGAUAUUAGUAUUGCUUUUUAAAAGUCUCCUCCUUGUCUGCUUUGUUCUCCCUUCAAAUCCCCACCUCCAGCCACCAGUCCUUUGCUCUUAUUUAGCCAAACAAUUGGAGCAAUUUCUUAGGAGUGCCUUGAGCUGCAUUCUGGUUUUCACUACCUGCUGCAUGACUUAUUUUCUGCAGGUGUACAGCUGCAGCUCCUGGUGCAGUCUAUACCACACUCCAGACUUCUCAUUAACACAUCACACACACGUGCAUAACACACACACACACACACACACACACACACACACACACACACACAUGUUUGAGUUAGGUUGCACUCUACGGGUCCUGUUUUAAAUUCUGCCCUGACAUUUUCAUUUUUCCCCUACUUUCUCCCCACAACCCUUCUUCCUUUCCUUUAUUGCUUCUUUAUUUCAUCUCUUUCUUCUUUUGCCUUUUGAUGAAAGAAAAACAGAGUAGAAUUAAUACUUUAAGUUGUAUCUGGCUGAACCUGUUGUUAAAUGACAUUAAUCAACUUAUCUUCUGGAGUUAGGGUUCAAGUCUGGUUUUCAUUAGGAAACUGGCUUCAGUCACACUAACAUUCAUUGGAAUUUGGUCCCGAUGUUGUUUGGGGUCCUCUCACUGAUAAGACUGUCAUCGAUCCUGCUAAGUGAUGACAUUCUGCAGAAAUAAAGAGUAAAAUAUUUUCACACUUCAUAGCCAGAGGUAUUUCCAAAUACUCCGGGGACUUUCUUGGAACUGUGGGCUCUGUCAUACUGACUGAAGCUAUCUUGGUGAUCCUAAGGAAUUCUUGGACACUGGGAGAUGCUCUGCUUCACAGAAAAUUCUCUGUCAUCAUAGUCCUAGACUUUUCCUUCAAAACUUUCCAAUGCAAGCUAAACACCUUUAUGCCUCUGCCCCUUAAGACUUACUCAUGACACUUAAGCAUCUUGGUCCUGUUGGAUGAAUGAAAAUGCAUAUUAAAGUAAAUUCUACCUAAAAACAUGUAUGUUGAUGGAAGAAAAGAGGGUUUCUUGAGUGCAUGAUCAAGUGAUAGAGACACUGAAGGAACUGAAGAGAAGUCAUAAACUGAAUGUUUGUAAGGGCAUCUGCUAUGGAGAUGUCUCUAUCAUUAGGAAGGACAGGUCUUGCCUUCAAUACUGUAGGCAAUUUCUCAUCAAGAGGAAUCCAUCUAUGUACUAUGCUAUUAUGUGGUUGAAUAGCUCAAGAGAUGUCAUCCUAAAGAUAUCUGACUUGAACUAUCAGUUUGCCUAAACACAGCCUACUGUGCAUGUAACCACAUGUUUCUUUUCUGAAUUCUUUUUUCCUUUUCGAAUAAACCACAAAUAUUUCCCCAACAGAUCAAGCCAAAUUCCUCAUCAAUUAUUCCCCAGGGUCAUCAACUUUUUUAACUUUUAAGUUUCCUAGACUUUUUGGUGGGCUGUUCAUAUUUUAACUCGCACUUUGGAGUACACUAGUGCUACUGUAUCAAAAGACAAUUUGGGAGCCCCAACUAGAAAUAGCAGAUGCCAUGUACCAAUGGGUGAUACCGUAUUAGAUCAACUGUUGGCAGGUUAUUUUCAAGUCUACAGGCUCAAAAAUAUCAUUUUCCAUGGAGAUGUCAAAACAGUAAACUUAGACUCCUUUGAAAUUCUCUGGUGUUUUUCUAGAGUCUAAAGAUGGAACUGGUCAUACCCAGUUUGUCCAAUCAUUCUUACACCUUUACUACUUCAUGGGGCAUCUAGAGACUUAUGUUAAUACACCAUUGCCAAUAUUCCAAAGCCUAUUAUUACCCAUGGGUUUGUGAUAAUAUCUACUAUCCAUUACUAAAGAGCAUUAUGAAAAAAUGCUUCUUUUUAUCUAAGAGAUGUACCACAGGGAAUGCUAUGUAAGAAGUUACUGUCCAGAGCCCAGAGAUUGUUUAUCUCUGCAGCUUACCUUCCCAGUUGUUAUCAUUAAUUAAAAUGAUGUAAAGAGAUUUUCCAAGCUCUAUAAAUACUAAUCUAUGGCCUUGAGGUAGUCUCUCUGGAUUAUCUCAUGGUACAAAGAAAAUGUGUUGUUUUCCAGUUUGCUACUGUACCCUUCAGGGAACAAAAACCCUGUGGAUAAUAUACAACAUUGAACUAUUGACAGAAGUUGUGAACGUUACUCUUCUCUGUGGGUUUCAUAUCAUAAUGUUGCAUUAUCAGAGAUUUGAUACAAAUUGCAGAAGCAACUUGGAAACCUGUCUCUUAAAAUAGUUCAGGCUGCAAAGACUGUGCAGUCUCCUGGAUACCAAAUUCAGAGCCUCCUACAAAUAGUAUAGUUCAUAAUGAAGUCCCAGCCCUAGUACAUGAUCUCUUUGAAAGAUGAUGUCCUGCCCUUUACGCCUGUUGUCCAUGACCAGAGCCUAUACCAACUCUGUUCCCAGGUAGAAGUGCUUUCCUGGGAAGACACUGUACCUGGAACUAAACUGAUCAAGAAAAAGCAGUGAUGGGGAAUCACUAAAAUGCAAAUCAGGCAGGAAAAUCUCCACCCCUUCAUAAUCCAGCAAGGACCUAAAACCAGUCAAUUAGCCAUAAUCGUCAUCUUUCUCUGCUUCUUGGGAAUUGAAUACCGACUGGUUCCAAUGUUAGACAAAUGCAAGCAAAACGAAAAGCCUAGGCUCUGAUAAACACAACUGCUCUUCCAUCCAGACAAUAAAGGACGCCUGUUAUCUGUGGAAGAUGUAGUACUGACUUCCCUGUACAAAGUUGCUAGUGCCUUGUAUAAGCUAUGUGCUGUCACUUUUCCUGGUUAUUGAUUGUCCCAAUUAGAAGCCACUCGGUGGUUGUAUACACUUUGAGGAAAUCUACUCCGUGUGUCUCUUUGAACUCAGGAACAGAAAAUGAGAGAAAUGUGUCAUGUUCGAGUGUGGUUUUGCUCUCAGAACAGGAUAAAGAGUGCGUUGUGUCCAGAUGAAGUGACCCUGUUUCAGCCUGCAAGAAACUGAUGUUGCUUUAACUUUUACAUCUUCAUGGGAAUGGAGUAGAGCCUUUCCUGGGGUAGGAGAGUCAGCUCUGUUUCUGUAGAAGUCAGUGGGUGUUUCUGUUGCUCUUCAUGCACAUACAUAGAUAUACCGAAAACAGAUACAGGCUACUUACAGCCACACAGGUUGUGAAAUGAGAACCAACUGGAACAUCAUUUGGAUUGUUUUAUCAUAUUCUGCAAAUCCAAUAUCAGAACUGCUCAAAAGUUCACAAAAUUACUAUUUUUCGCUUGGGUUUAAAACAUUAGCAGUGUCUUCUAUGCUGAAGUUGACCACUGAUCUCUUACACUGUGACUGUGGACUCGAAUCAGCUUAUAGAUCUGCUUCCAAAGCAUGCACAGUGGGAGCUUCCAACCACUGAAUCACCAUGAUAUUCACCUCAUCUGCCAAUAAGAUGCACCAGCUUCUUCCAGUGUAAGAUUCUGCAGAACCUGUGACCACUUGACUUUACACCUGCUAUGCCUCCUUGCCUGUUUUGUGAUACAAAAUAAAAUUGUUUGGGAUUGCUCAUUCAUUGAAAUUUCUUCUAGGCCAACUUCAGCCCUUGGUAAACUUGCGGACUGUUCCUGAUGUUAAGAUUAAAACUUCAAAGGCGCUAUUUAUUAGUCACACAGAGCCAUUUCAAGAGAAAGGAGCUCUGCCUUUCCCCAUCAGUUUCCUUAGAGAAGAGACACUUGGCUCUGUGUGGAGUUGCUGCUGGCUGCUGAGUGUUCUCUUCCUGGUACAAUGGGCAACCCACACUAUUAGGCCCUUAUGUUUGGCUGAAAUCUUACUAGCCAUGUGCACUGGUCUUUUCUACAGCUUUCAUUUUUCUGUUUCACUCAUUAACCCACUGCAUUGAUAUUCUUCCUGGGAGCUGGUCAGGCCCUUGCCUCAAAUUGUGCUUAAUGACACCUGGCAGAUAGCUUGUUUUCAGAAAUCAUUUUAAGACCCUAAUUAUGUCAACCCAGGCAGGGAUAAUUCUGUCUUUCAUGGAACCAAUUAUGGAACUUCCAAAAAGGGGAGAGCAGGGACACUUCCCAACCAAUCAACCAAACCAAACUCACACCCAUCUAACCAAACAUUAAUAAGAUGAAUCAUUAUUAUGGUAAAUGUCACCUUGUAUCUGCCCUAGGCACAUUCCAAUAUCAGCAUCUCCACCUUCUUCAUUGCUUCUAACAUUGAAGUUAUAAAAUGGUCCUGCCUUUUGCCAAGAGCACAGCACUACUCCCUUCUGAGACCUCCCUCCCCACCCCGAGCAUCACCUCUCUGCCAACAUUUUGUGGAAACUAAAAGAAUCUUACUAUGUACAGAUAAAUUGUAUUAUAUUUUUUGUACUUAAUGUUUUGUGUAAAUAGUUUGCCUUGUUCAGUUGUAUGUGAGUAUUCAAAUAAACCCUGCCAUUUAGGAGACAAUUA